ACCUACUCAAAGGUUAAAGGUAAGACGGAAUCGCGGAAGUGAGCAUUUACACAUGCAAGGAGUAGCUAGGGCUUUUUUCUGUGGAACAACAUGUCUAUGGCUGAAUUUGAAAAGGCUGCCGAUGCGGUGAGGAGGCUGACCGUACAACCUAGCUACGCUGAACUAGCAGUAAUAUAUGGUUUGUACAAGCAGGCGACACUUGGCAACAUCAACACGGAGCGUCCGGGAAUAUUUGACUUCCAAGGAAAAUCUAAAUGGGAUGGUUGGAAAGCACAGGAAGGAAAGUCUAAAGAAGAUGCCAUAAAAGAAUACAUUGCCUUUGUGGAAGAAAUGAAAGCAAAGUAUCCAAUGUAGAGGUUUCUUUAGGACAUUCGUGCACUUUUUUUAUUUUUAGAACCAUUUUAUAAUUAAACAAUAAUGCCUGAGGGGGUGUGGUAUUAUGGUCUCCGCUUUGCGUUGUGCCUAACCUUAGCCAUGGUAUAUUGGUCAUAUACCACAAAUCCCAGAGGUGCCUUAUUGCUAUUAUAAACUGGUUACCAAUGUAAACAUUACAGUAAAAAUAAAAUGCUUUGUCAUAUCCGUGGUAUAAGAUCUGAUAUACCAUGGUUGUCAGCCGAUCAGGACUCGAACCACAUUUCUUUAAAUAUCUGUCUUCCAAGUAUAAUAAAAAGUGAUAAUUUUCAA